AGAAUUCCGCUUGGUAGAGUGUGAAUGUGAUUGGAAGCCAGUCCGCUUAUUAUUCUCCGUCUCCCAUACACGAUUCUCACCGUUUGCUAGAGUGCAUAGACUGCGUGUUCUCGCAAAUGAGCUUCCAGGGAGGACGACGAGGGCAAUCUUACGGUUCAGAUCGUGGGCCUCGUGGGGGCUACGGCGACCUUGGAGGAGGAGGAGGUUACGAUAGACGGGGAAGAGGACGUGGGAGAGGUUACGGUGGGCGAGGGACCUACCAAGGAACUGUAGAAGACAAGGAUGGAGAUAUCAUGAUGGGGGAUUCGGCUGAGCAAGAUCAACGUCGUUCGAGACAGAGCCUUCCCUACAACCGGCCCCGUCCAUCGUCUAGCGCAUCACAUAGUUUUAAUGGGGAUGUUGCACAAGUCCAAGUCAGCAAUGUUCCGCCGGAAACUGGGGCUCCAGGACUCAUGGCAUGGUUAUGUCGGCGAGCGGGUGGACCUGUGACCAUUGUUCAUACUGAAGUCCAAAGGAAUUCGAUCGUAUUCACGACUCAAAACGCCUUGCAAGCUCAAACGUUAGCGAAACUCAGCGGCGUGAACUUCCUCCAACAUAAGCUCAUCAUUACCCAAGGAGGAGGUGGUAGCAUGCAAUCUCACCCAUCAAGAGGCGUACCAGGCGACACCUCCGGUCGGACAAAUAUCAUUGACGCAUUUCGGAUGCUUAUUCGAUCUCGAUAUCGCCCUGAGAACAAAUUUCUGGAUUUGGAAAAUAUGGUAUCGGACCCAAUUAUGCAAAAUGCUGGAGUGCGUGGCUUUGAGGCGGAAUCAAAAAUGGGAGGAGUAAUAUGUAAAAUGAUCGGCGAAUUGUGCCCUGAUGUAUCAACCAUAUCGUUUGCUUCGAAUCGCCUUACAACCCUUCAACACGUUUCGAACCUCCCCAAACAUGUCCCCAACGUAACCGCCCUAUCUUUCCAAGAUAAUCAACUGAGAUCUUUCAGGGAUCUCGAACCCCUGAAAGGAGCGGAUCUUCCACAUCUAAGAGAAUUGCUGCUGAUAGGCAACCCAGUGAGAGACAAGGAAGUCGCAAAGCCAGGCGGCGAGAUUGUAUAUCGAAGCGAUGUGAAGAAAUUAUUUCCUAGUAUUGAACUCCUUGAUAUGGAGCCAGUGAUAGGCGAUAUCACGUUCGCUGUCGAUGCCAUGUCUGUAGAGCUGCCAUUAAGCGUCAAACCCGGCUUUAUGGAUUCCCCCGCAACCGCUGCGACGGCAACCGACUUUGUGCAAAAAUUCUUGAGAUCUUUCGACGGCAAUCGAGAGACUCUUUUUGAUGUCUACCAUGAUCAAGCAUGUUUCUCCCUCAUGGUGGAUAACCGGAGUCGAGGCACCAGUAACAAACAACACUAUUUCGAUACAUGGCGAAAUUUCAAUCGCAAUCUGGACAAAGUAAAGGAUGCAGGACAGCGCAUUAACACCGUGCAUCGCGGCGCAACAGACAUCAUUGGAAUUUUCAAACGACUUCCCAAGACACAGCAUCCCAUAGAUCAACCAGAGGAUCACAGAAAGCUCUUAAUUGAGGCUUACCAAACGGGCGGCGGUGCCGGGGCCAUGCUGUUUGUGAUGGUCCACGGAGAGUUCAAAGAGGCUGAUAUCCGAACGUAUCGAAGUUUUGACCGUACCUUCAUCAUCGUACCCGCAGUGCCAGGGAGCAGAUCUGCAAUGGCUGGACUACCGUAUAGUGUUGUAAACGACCAACUCACGGUGCGAGCAUGGGCGAGUAAUCGUGCGUGGGUGCAGCCGACCGACAAAGCGACAUCAGGCGAAAUUGCACAGACUCCCGCCGUAAACGGUUCAGUACCGGCGCCGCAAUUGCCUGAUAUUGCCACAUUGAGAGCAUUACAAUUGCAGCAUGGAUUGGAUGAUGCCAGGCAGAAUCUGGUGAUUGAGUUUGCAAAAGCCACGGGCUUAAAUUAUAAGUUUAGUUUCCAAUGCUUGUCCGAGACGGGAUGGUCAAUGCCGAAUGCGAUGGAUGCAUUUCAACGCGUCAAGCAUAACAUUCCGCCUGAAGCGUACAGAUUGGUGUAAAAUGUAAAGAAAGCGGACACUUUAAUUCGAUGGGAAGAGAACGAGUUGAAGGGAGAUCGUUUAGGUUGUGUAUAUAUUCCCUCCCACCACCCAAGGCAUUAGAAAUACGAUUCAUUUUAUUCUAGCCCUUCUC